UUGGGGUACAUAAUUCCUGAGACAUGUGACGCAAUCUACUCUGCACUGAAAACAUAUUUGAAGUUCCCGAGUUCAGAAGAAGAAUGGCUAGCAAUUGCUGAAGAGUUUGAGCGUACAUGGCAAUUUCCAAAUUGUUUAGGAGCCGUCGAUGGGAAACAUGUAGCUAUAGUCCCUCCUGCCGGAGCCGGCUCACAUUUUUUUAAUUAUAAAGGGUAUCACAGUAUUGUACUUAUGGGAAUUGCAAAUGCAAAUUAUGAAUUUAUUUAUGUAGAUAUUGGAACAAAUGGACGUAUUUCUGAUGGAGGUGUAUUACAAAAAACUACAUUCUUUCAAAGAUUGAAUUCCAAGCGCUUAAAUCUUCCUAGCCCCAGAAAACCAAGCGGUCAUUCAGAAGAAUUGCCUUAUGUAUUUAUUGGCGACGUGGCUUUUGCUUUGAGGACAGAUUUUAUGAAACCGUACCCACAAAGGCAAUCACAGGCUAGCUCAAGUAAGAGGAUAUACAAUUAUAGAGUAUGCAGGGCUAAAAGAAUUAUAGAAAAUGUUUUUGGAAUUCUAGCGGCAAGAUUCCACAUUUUUCGAUCGCCUAUAAAUACCAGUGUGCACAAUAUUAACAAAAUAGUUUUGGCAUGUUGUGUAUUGCACAAUUUUUUAAGGAAAAAAUUAAGACAAGCUUACAGUCCACAUCAGCACUUAGAUAGUGAAAAUCACGAAAAUGGAACUAUUGAAUUGGGGCUGAGACCACAAAAUGGAGAAUUACAGUCACUACAACAAACACAUAGUCGUAACCCCACUCAAAAUGCAAAAAUUAUCAGAGAAAAGUAUGAAACCUACUUUAAUACUAGUGGUGCAGUGUCAUGGCAACAAAGAAUGAUAUAA